UACUGUUUUGACAUAUAAGGAACCUGGUUCUUCCUCUCCGUCCAGCCUCCUUCCAUCAACACAUUCCCACUUCAACAAACAUCUUUCAAGCCUUCAAACUUCCACUCGAAGCAUCUUUCAAGCAUCUUCUAUCAACGACUUUAAACCAAACAACCAAUAUCUUCACAAUGGCCGCUCCAUCCGAGAUCCAGCAAGUCUACAUCGCUGAGGACUUCUCCGAACCUACUGCUCCUCAGUAUGAGUUCCCUCAGCACUACGACCUGAACGACCCAGACUCUGCUCGUCUUUCCUACCAGAGAUUGAUGCACGAGCACACCAAGCAACAGUUUGAGCUUGCCACAUCAUCUGCUCGUCGUCGCGGUUCUCCCCCAGAGCACGACAUCUCAAGCCUGCGCAAGGAGACCUCCGGCAUGAGCAUCGAUUCUACCUCAUCAUCAUAAACACUUCGGUCUGCGACCAAGUCACGACAACAUCUACCUUCAGCGCACUGUCUCUUGUAGCGGCGCGACUGGCAUAACGACUUUCAUGGAACGGAGUUUGAUUUUUGUAUUAUUGGGAAUGGCGGGUCUCGCAUAGAGGCAGGAGUUUUGUUUUAGAUGAUCGUUCAGCCGGUUGGACGUUUUGGUGUUCAUAAUCUCUGGCAUUUUCAAGUCAUGCAUUGUCGAUAUUAGUCGACCGGAUCCUCAGAGUAUUUGGAGCCCCAGUCUUUGCUAUCAGCGCAAGAUUUUCAGAAUUGAAUGAACUAUUCUCUCUUCACCUC